AUGCAGCCCCCUGAAUUGGUUGAACAAACAUUCAAUAAGAAAGUCAAGAUCAUCGCUGACCCCGGCGCUUUCAAAGAAAACCAGGCUAAAUUCACUGAGUGGUGGAUCAAGGCUGAGUGCUACACUGCCAAUCACUGGCCUACCUGGGACAAUCUCAAGGGGGAGAUUGAGAAAUAUUUCAAACCCCAAGCUGAACGUGACUGGGCACACCAGCAAAUCUUUUCCUUCAAUCAAGGAAACAUGAGGACAGAUGAUUAUGUAACCCAGUUUCUGGCCCUCUCUAUCCAAGGGGGUCUAGGUAAUGAACAUGCAGUGGAGCUGCUAGAAAGCAAUGUGAACCCCCACAUUGCACAACAGCUCUAUCUGCAAGAUAUGAGAAAUGAGAACCUCUCAGAAGUGGCAGAAGAGGUUCGCAACAUUGAUAGAGCCAUGGAGCUCUACAAAAUGCAACUUGGUGGUGGGUCCACCACUAAAAACAACUAUUCCCAGAGAUGCCCUGGGUUAUCAAACCAAAAUCAUAAUCACUCCCACGGGCUCACGCUGUUUAGGCUGCAGCCAGGACAGGGUGCUCCUAUGGAUAUUGGUGUGGUCCAAGGCGGACAGAUGCGCAGAUUCAAGGGCAACUGUUACAACUGUGGCCAAGAGGGACACAUGGCACCAGGUGUGCAAAUUAGAAACGGAGAAGCCGGACAAUUGGCUCAAUACUCUGGCCGGUACAACAAAAUCUGGGCCUUCUUCUACAACCAGCAAGUUGCUGAGAUGAAGGCCCAGGGAAAAGAGUUCGGAGCUUAG